AAUCUGACGACAAACCCCAAACGCCUAGCUUCAGAUACUUCAAUGGCUUCUGCUUUGGCACCAAUCUUCUCUACUAAAUCAACCUCUGUAUCUGUACCCUCAUCUCUCUCAACAUCAACACGAAUUAACCAAAAAAAUCCUAAAGUUAGAGUCUUUACUAAACCUAAAUUAAAUCCAAUUUCAGCACUUUCAGACCCAUAUGUUCUCCAAAUAGCUGAAACCCUUGAAGAUUCUUUGCCUUCCUUAUCUUCCCCAACACUUCAGAAGUUAAGGGAAACUUCCUCAGAAAACCUUCUUUCAACCCCUUGGCCUUCUCGUAAAGAUGAACCUUUUAGAUUCACUGACACUUCAUUCUUGAAAAAUUCAAGAAUUGAACCGAUUUUGCCUCCAAAGUUUCAGGCUUCUUCUUUGGAUGUAUUUUCAGAUACCCUUUUGCCUACAAUUUCAAUUCUUGAUGGUUAUAUUAUGAAUGAUUUGUCUCGGUUAACAGAAUUGACUAGUGGAGUUUAUGUUGGUAGUCUUUUGAGUGUGAAAUCUGAGGCUAUAUUGAAAAGGGUAUCUGAGUAUGAAUCUGGUUUUAACGGUGAUUUGUUUUGGUCACUUAAUGGCGUAGGUGCCCCUGAUGUAUUACUAGUUUAUGUAGCAGAAGGGUGCAAGGUUGAGAAUCCUUUGCUUUUGAGGUACAUUUCCGGUGAAAGUAGCGAUAAGGGGUUGAAAGCUUUGCCCUUUUCGAAUCCGAGGGUGUUGGUGUUGGUGGAGAAGGGAGGGGAGAUUAGUAUAGUUGAGGAGUAUGUUGGUGGAGAUAAAGAUAAAUGUUACUGGUCAAAUUCUGUUAUAGAAGUGGUUGUUGGAGAAGGGGCAAAAGUGAGCCAUUCUUACCUCCAAAAUCAAUCUCUAAAUGCUGCACAUAUCAAGUGGACUUGGGUUCAACAGGAAUCAACUAGCACAUACGAGCAUAUAGAAGUAAGCACUGGUGGAAAGUUGAGUAGGCACAAUAUUCACAUCCAGCAAGUUGGUCCAGACACAGUUACUGAGUUAUCUACAUUUCAUAUGUGUAUCUCCGAUCAAACGCAAGAUCUACAUAGUACAUUAGUCCUAGACCAUCCUCGAGGUGUAUCUCAGCAGAUCCACAAGUGCAUUGUGGCCCAUUCGUCUGGACAGGCUGUUUUUGAUGGAAACGUUCAAGUCAAUAGAUACGCGCAGCAGACGGAUGCAGGACAACUUACACGGAGCCUCCUUUUGGAGCCUCGAGCAACUGUGAAUGUCAAACCUAAUCUCCAAAUCAUCGCUGAUGAUGUCAAAUGCUCUCACGGUGCUGCAAUCAGUGACCUCGAGGAGGACCAACUGUUUUACUUCAGGGCACGGGGUGUUGACAUAGAAACUGCCAGAAAAGCUUUGAUCUUUUCGUUUGCUGCUGAAGUAGUAGACCGUUUCCCAAAUGCUUCAAUUCGGAAGAAAGUUGAAACUCAUAUUAGAGAACUGCUAGAUCCCUCACGCCCUUAAUGGUGAGACUUUGUUGAAAUGUGGCGCAUUUUUCUUUCUUGGUUGCGCUGUGCACUAAUGAUAAUGAAUGAAAGUCCGUUUUCUGAUAAACGAAAAUAAGAAGUUGUUUAGUGUAAUCCUCUUUACAUUAAAUGUAAUUCUUUUUGGUAUUGUGGAAAUGAAUAAGGUGAUGUUUAUUUGAACUUCCAUUGUCUAUGCUACUUGAAACAUUUUCUGUC